AGCGCAAUCCAUUCGACGAACACGCACACGCACACUUGUCCUCGUUCUUCCAGUUCCAGUUCACCUCCGACUCCGAGCUCUGAACCCUUCCACGGUUGCACCGAUCGAGUGAGAUGGCGAGCGUGAAGGUGUUCGGGUCACCCACCUCGGCGGAGGUCGCCCGCGUGCUCAUGUGCCUGUUCGAGAAGGACGUCGAGUUCCAGCUCAUCCGCGUGGACGCCUACCGCGGGCCCAAGCGCAUGCCCCAGUACCUCAAGCUGCAGCCCCAUGGCGAGGCGCUCACCUUCGAGGACGACAACCUCACCCUCUCCGAGUCCCGGGGGAUCCUGCGACACAUCUCGCACAAGUACGCGAAGCAGGGCAACCCGGACCUGAUCGGCACGGGCGCGCUGGAGCGCGCGUCCAUCGAGCAGUGGCUGCAGACGGAGGCGCAGAGCUUCGACGCGCCCAGCGCCGAGAUGGUCUACAGCCUGGCGCUCCUGCCGCCCGGCGUGCCCAAGCAGCAGCAGAGCGACAACGGCAGCAACGGCUUGAGCGGCAGGGACGUGGCCUUGGGCAAGCGCGCGCCGGCCGGCGGGUCGCAGCAGGCGGCGGGCGCGCAGCACAAGGAGGAGGAGCUGCUGAAGGUGUACGAGCAGCGGAGGAAGGACCUGGAGAAGCUGCUGGACAUCUACGAGCAGCGGCUGGAGGAGGCCCGGUACCUCGCCGGCGACAACUUCACCAUCGCCGACCUGUCGCACCUGCCCAACGCCGACCGCCUGGCCUCCGACCCGCGCUCGCGCCGCCUCUUCGAGUCCCGCAAGAACGUCAGCAGGUGGUGGUCCGACGUCUCCGGCCGGGAGACCUGGCAGUACGUCAAGAGCCUGCAGCGCCCUCCGCCGUCCUUCACCGACGCCAACAACGCCCAGCAGCACCGGCAGCAGCCCGCCGAGGAGCACAGCAAGAACCACCAGCAGCAGCGCUACUAGCCGCCCCGUCCAUCAGCAACAACAAUUACCUUGCUGGUGAUUUUUCAUAUGUUUUCUGCCGUCAAUCGUGUCGUUUUUUCCCCGUAUGUGUCGACAUGCUGGCGUAUUCGUCGAGUUCGUCGCAGUCUGGUCAUUGGUGUUUUGGAGUUCCGUGCACGUGGGUGGAGGGGUCUACGGGUUCCAAUUCUGCUUUUCUGCUGAAUUGCCUCAGAUCAGGCCCUCAGCAUUGUGUUCUGUUCUUCAUGUAAUAAAAUGUAGCCCCCCCACCCCUUUUGAAUCAAUUUGAAGUUUCAGUGUCGUGUGAAA